UUCGGGCAGCACCUCCUCCAGCAACUUGUCUUCAACUUUUAUGACAGCCGCCACUUCCUUUCAAUACCCGCCACGAUCUAUCGUCUCCCAAAUCUUGCAAUCCAUCGCGACACCGCAGCUGCUCCCUAUAUCCGCUAGCCGACGAGCAGAUCCUGCCGGUCCCUUGAUCGUCUUUGUCACUGUGUCUGACAGCUCGCCCCCCUGUGACUGCAUUUCUGGGCCCCUCGCGGUCAAUAGAUACCGUCGGCAGGCGCCCUGUUCGACCCGAAAUAAACCACUCGACCUCAGCCCGAUCCGAGAUCCCCCUCCGUCGCCGACCGAGAAUCAAUAACAGCAACUACCAUGGACGGCAAACGCCAUCUCUCGUCGUUCCAGCAGUUGGAGAAGCUUGGAGAGGGCACAUACGCGACUGUCUUCAAAGGGCGCAACCGACAGACUGGAGAAUUCGUCGCGCUCAAGGAGAUUCAUCUCGAUUCCGAGGAAGGAACACCUAGCACCGCCAUCCGCGAGAUUUCGCUCAUGAAAGAACUCAAACACGAGAACAUUGUCGCGCUACAUGAUGUGAUCCACACGGAGAACAAGCUCAUGCUGGUGUUUGACUACAUGGACGGCGAUUUGAAGAAAUACAUGGACACCAAGGGCGACCGUGGAGCCCUCCAGCCUAUGCUCAUCAAGUCCUUCAUGUACCAGCUGCUGAAGGGUAUCGACUUCUGCCACAAGAAUAGGGUCCUCCACAGGGAUCUGAAGCCUCAGAACCUUCUGAUCAACAGCAAGGGCCAGUUGAAGCUGGGUGACUUUGGUCUGGCCAGAGCGUUCGGCAUACCGGUUAAUACCUUCAGCAACGAGGUCGUCACACUGUGGUAUCGAGCCCCCGACGUCCUUCUGGGAAGCCGCACAUACAACACCAGCAUCGACAUCUGGUCUGCAGGAUGCAUCAUGGCGGAGAUGUACACAGGCCGGCCGUUGUUCCCGGGCACCACCAACGAGGAUCAGAUCACAAGAAUCUUCAGGAUCAUGGGAACCCCAACGGAGCGUACAUGGCCCGGAAUCACUCAGUUCCCAGAGUAUAAGCCAAACUUCCAGAUGUACGCCACUCAGGACCUGCGCCAGAUCCUCCCCAUGAUCGACGCAGCAGGCAUUGAUCUCCUGCAAAAGAUGCUGCAGCUGCGCCCGGAGCUUCGAAUUAGUGCCGCAGACGCCCUGCAGCAUCACUGGUUCAGCGACCUGAUAGUGCAGCAGCACCAGCAGCAGCAACGGGCGAUGCAGGCACAGGCGCAAGCCAGGGCCUACACGCAAGUGCCAUCUCAGGGUGUUCCGUCACAAGGCUAUGAAAACUACUAGGAUGAGACUGUCAACACUGACACUCGAGAUUACCUCAGUCCGAUGACAUCUGUGAACAAGGUUCGCACCAUUUAGCACCCUUGCUCUCUGCUGUCUGCUGCUGGUGUCCACCAGAACCUGAUGAAGGGCUUGACAACCCCUUGCUGUCAAGACCUAGACUUUCAUUUACGCCCACGUUGGCAGCUGCCCAAAGGGCAACAAACUACGAUCGCUGAGCUACGUCGCUCAGGGCGGGAGGCACGAGCGCUUCCAGGGCCAGGAUGAGCCUUUGAUCGCCGGGCUUUCGAAGGGGCGGGAGUGAACGGUACGACCAGCUUUCUGGCAGAGGCACUACACGCGGCGGGAUCAUAAUCACCUUCGACUCGCGGCCCAAUCUUGGCCCCCAUUUUCAAUAGUCUUGGGAGCUCUAGAAGCACGCGGAGAAAGACCCAGGGUCAGUCAUAGACUGUUCAACUGUGCCUUGCUCGUUGCAAAACAUCACACUCCUACCCACGAAGCACAUGCAAUCUCCCCUCCAACCUGAUGUUCUAUAAUCGCUAGCAAUAGGCGCAGGUGGCUGAGAGAUACGGCUUGGUAACUUGUUUCCCCAGCGUGAUGCAUUCAUCUUCUGGGCAGGAACACCGAGAAGUAAUCUGGUGGGCAGCCGGAUUGGGAAGCGUGGGGAUGUUUAGCAAAGAUUCAGCGUAUCAAUUCAAAGUUUCAAUUUGACUGGGCAGCUAUUACGAAGUGCCUAACAAGUGCCUGAUGAGCUGGCACAAAAUCGGGUCAGAUUUCUUGGGAUGACCGACUGCCAGAAAGGGGG